CUGGACCCUGUCCACAUUAAAGAAGAGGAGACUGAACUGGACCCUGUCCACAUUAAAGAAGAGGAGACUGAACUAUUGCCUGUCCAAAUUGAAGAGGAGUCUAUUGACUUGUUUAAGGAUACAGAAAACAUAUCCCGGCCAAAGAGAUCACAUCAGUGUAAUGAAUGUGGGAAGAUCUUUAGCUGGCUAGGAAGCAUAAAAAAUCACCAGCGAAUUCACACUGGAGAAAAGCCGUAUCACUGCAGUGAAUGUGGAAAGAACUUCCAUCAGUUAGGCGUCUUAAAAAAACACCAAUGCACUCACACUGGAGAGAAGCUGUAUCUAUGUUCUGAAUGUGGGAAAAAAUUCACUGAAAAAAGAAAACUAAAAAAACACCAGCGAAUUCACACUGGAGAGAAGCCACACCACUGUACUGAAUGUGGGAAGAGCUUCAAUGAUUCAGGAGGCCUAAAAAGACACUGGCGACUUCACACUGGAGAGAAGCCAUAUCAGUGUACUGAAUGUGGGGAGUGCUUCAUUGAAAAAGGAAACCUAAAAAGACACCAACGAAUUCACACUGGAGAGAAGCCAUAUCAAUGUUCUGAAUGUGGGAAAAGAUUCACUGAAAAAGGAAAACUAAAAAAACACCAGCGAAUUCACACUGGAGAGAGGCCAUACCACUGUACUGAAUGUGGGAAGAGCUUCAAUGAUUCAGGAGGCCUAAAAAGACACUGGCGACUUCACACUGGAGAGAAGCCAUAUCAGUGUACUGAAUGUGGGGAGCGCUUCAUUGAAAAAGGAAAACUAAAAACACACCAGCGAAUUCACACUGGAGAGAAGCCGUAUCACUGCGUUGAAUGUGGGAAAAGCUUCAAUGAGUCAGGAAACCUAAAAAGACACCAACGAAUUCACACUGGAGAGAAGCCAUAUCAAUGUUCUGAAUGUGGGAAAAGAUUCACUGAAAAAGGAAAACUAAAAAAACACCAGCAAAUUCACACUGGAGAGAAGCCACACCACUGUACUGAAUGUGGGAAGAGCUUCAGUGAUUCAGGAAGCCUAAAAAAACACCGGCAACUUCACACUGGAGAGAAGCCAUAUCAGUGUACUGAAUGUGGGAAAAGCUUCAUUGAAAAAGGAAAACUAAAAACACACCGGCGACUUCACACUGGAGAGAAGCCGUAUCACUGUGUUGAAUGUGGGAAAAGCUUCAAUGAGUCAGGAAGCCUAAAAAGACACCAACGAAUUCACACUGGAGAGAAGCCAUAUCAAUGUUCUGAAUGUGGGAAAAGCUUCAUUGAAAAAGGAAAACUAAAAACACACCAGCGAAUUCACACUGGAGAGAAGCCGUAUCACUGUGCUGAAUGUGGGGAGAGCUUCAAUGAGUCAGGAAACUUAAAUAGACACCAACAAAUUCACACUAGAGAGAAAGAAGGCGCAUCACUGAUUUGAAUGUGGGAAAAGCUUCACUGACAAAGGAAAACUAAAAAAUACCAGCAACUUCACACUGGAGAGAAACCGUAUCACUGUGCUGAAUGUGGGGAGAGACCAAUUCUUUCAGAAUGAACUGCAUUGGAAAUUAAUCUCACUCAUCGUGUUGUGAGGAUUUAUGCCAAGCUUGUUUCUGUGAACACAUUAAACAAAGCUGCUAAUAACACAUUAGGUGUUUAAAUACCAUUAGUGUAUUAGUGUCACUGACAACGUAAGUGAAUUGUUUAGAAGAAACUAAAACUAAGAAUAUCUUCAUGGGUGUGGCAGCAAUGUCAUCUCACUAGAAUGACCUCAAAGCUGUUGCACCAGUGCAGAUACAAGCUGAAACUAACUUUUAUUUCAAGUGGUGCAAACUUUGCACUGGAGCAAAUACUGUUCUGGGUUUGAAUGAACUUGACUGCUUUGCUGAGUGUUUAACCCUUUGCGGUCCUAUGGCGGACCAGGUCCCACAUUGCAAUUUUGCCUUUCCAGUCCGAUGUCUGAUCAAAUGAGACCGAUAGGAGUGUAUGUGAGCAAUACAUGCACCACAGAGAUACACAGACAUAACAAAGAAGAUAGCUGCUUCUGCCUCCAGCGCUCACGGAUAUCCAGAAUAUCACAGACAAUAACAGAGCUUUUUGAGAUGUUAUAGCAAUAAAAUAAUGACUUGGAUCGUGUUAUUGAGGAGUUUGGUGAUGAAACGAG